CCAGGCCCUUAAGCUCUGCAGAGGGUGGCGUAGGUCUCAGAUUCUACCUCUGAGGCUCCUGGCUCUGUGGACAUCUGGGUUCCCUUUCCUGGUAAAAUGCUCCCAAGGCCUGUCCUGGCUUGUCCACCUGGAUAGGCUGCCUGCUGGGUCUUGGGAAUCCCCCCUGCAGGGCCUGCCUCGGUGAGCCUCCCUGAGUGGCUGGGGCUCCCCUAGGAGAUGCACUUAUGCCCUGAAGGCCCCCAGGCCAGGGUGGAGCACCCAUACCUCUCAGCAGUAGCAGAAGGAAGGGGACAUAUGGCCCGGUUCUGAGGAUGCCUGGGGUGGGGAUGGGGGGACAUGGUGUUGAGGCUUCUGGGAGCCUCAUUCCACCAAGGCAGGGGUACCAGAAGGGCCAGCGUGCUCCCCUCACAGGAAGGAAAAUGGAGGCUAAGGGUGGGCAGGGGCAGAUUUGGAAGGGGGAGUCAGAUCAGAUGGGCAUCUGCUCCCACCUCUGUUAUCACCUUCAUAACAGGGCUGGCAGGGCCCUUCCUUACUGAUCUCAGCCCCAGUGGGUGGAGCAGAAGCUGCCGGCCAUGCUGGCCACGCGCACCAUUUGCUUCUGCUGCCCAGUCGGCGGCUACCCUGCUCUCACCAGCUCCUGGCUGAAGAACUGCAAGGAGUUCCAUGGCGGGCAUCGCAUCACAGCCUCAGGGUGGGCCUGGUUGCAGGGGCAGGGCCUUCGUCCCUGGGAGGAGGUGGCGGUGGGGCCUGGGGCAGGGCCUGUGGUUCAGUCCUGCCACCUGAGCAUCCCCCUGCAGCUGCGGCACCAGCAGUGGAGCCUGGUCGCGGAGAGCGUGGUGCCCUUGGACCUCGGCCACUCUGCCUGUGCGGCGGAGAUCGAGUUUGGCAGCAUCUGGCAGUGUGUGCUGGGCAGCGCUGCCGCCGGCCAACCAGACAGCGGUGCUGGCAGUGAGGGGGUCCCCUGCAAGGCUCCAGUGACAGGUGGAGGAGAGUGGCAGCAAGGAUAUAAAGAAAUUUAUGACCAAGAAAUCAAACCUGGAAAUCAUGGUGUCCUCCUGAACUCAUUGCACGUAAGAUGUCAGCAUGCUAUCAUGCUAUCCUUUUUAUGCACUAAAUUUGGAUAAGUGUAAGACAUGCAACACAUUUACUACAAAAUUUUUAAAAAGUCCUCUCUAGAAUGUAAUGUAGUAAAAUUCAUAGUCCCUUUCAUGAUUCUAGUACAAUUUAUAUUGCUCAGUAGAUUAGGAAUUCUAAACAAUUUUUGGAACCUAAAAUUAUCUGUGGAACCACCACUCAGUUGUCAUUUGAGCCAUAUCUUACUUAGUAAAGAUCCUCAAAUGUGACACAUUCAUUCCUAUGCCUCUCAUGUACCAUGAUCUCUGUCUUCCUUUGCUGAUAAAAUGUACUCAUAUUGAGCUCUUUGUUUGAAGAAACGGUUCUUGAAAGAGGCCUUUCCUAUAUUUAAAUGUAUAUGUCUCUCUAUAUUUCCCCUAUUUGACUGAGAUCUUCUACCACCCUGUAGUCUUUCAGCUUUUCCUGCCAGACUGUAAAUUCUGUGGGGGUGGGAAUGUGUCUGUUACUAAUGUGACUUUGUUAUUUAGAACAGCACUUGUCAGUUGUUAUGUGCUCAAUAAAUAUUUUAAAUGAAUCAGUGACCACUGAACAUUGAAGUGCAACUUGAAUCAUGGUGAUACCAGGGAUAAAAAUAUUGUA